GAUCAUACUGGCGCUAAUGGACAUGUUGAUUUUAUUUCAGCUAAUGAGUGACCCCAUGCUCAGGGAGAAGAAGUUCCUUAAGAGUGUCUUACGCGUCUCGGAAGAAAGGUCACAGGAUAGGAACAGCAUUGUCCGUCAGAUGGCUGUAAGAGGCCUGAGAAAUAUAGUCAAUGGGGUGCCUGAGAAGGUGAAAAAGCACAAGAAGUUUCUUCUGGACAUACUGAUCGGGGCCUUACAUGACAUUUUCAGUUCUGAAGUCAUUGGCGAGAGCAUGAAAGCACUGGCCAAAGUCUUGAAGGAGCUGAAAGAGAAGGACAUCGGUUCUUCCUUCAGAGACCUCACCCAACAGAUCCGGACCUACUUUGACGAUGAGGAUGAGGGCUCUUCGCUCAAUGGCUUUGUCCUUAAUUUUGGAUCUGGCUCAGCUGACAAAGAAAAAAUGAAAGCCUAUUUCAUGAGGAGGUUCGAAAGAACUGGGUCACACUUCGGGCUGCACCUGCAAGACCAGAUCCCCAGGUUCAAUGGAAUGCAGAGCUACAUUUCACCGUCUGUUUCCCGUUUUUGGGACUGAAGAGACUCCAAACAUGUGAUUAUAAGCACCUUGGGGG